CUCCAAUCUCUCUGCUUCUCUAACUCUUCUUCUACUUUUUAAUUUAAGUGUCGGAAAAAAACCCUUGUUACAGUCAUGGCGGUGAUGAACGGUGGUCGUGCAACGAAGCGAGCGAGGCGUAGCAACAGAAUCUCAGCCGAUCUCUACGAUUUCUCUACUUUUCCGGCGGAAGAGAUCAACGGCGACUCGACAACCUUGCCGCCGUUCCGCGACGGAGUGAGAACCUUUCUCGCGACCCACGCGCGUGUCACUUUCCCUCCUUCGACGCUCUUCUCGAGUCUCAUGACGUGGCAGAUCAUGCUCAGACCUGGAGAUUCGACGGACGGUUCAGAUCUCUCUUCUAAACUCGUCUCUCUAGACGUUGUGGAGGAGGAUGUGACUAGAUCCUCUAGAUCUGUUUACUGUGACCAUUGCCGAGUCGUUGGUUGGAGUAGUCAUCCAGUGUGUAGAAAGAGGUACCACUUCAUCAUAAGGUCAGGAGGGGACACUAAGGCUUGCACGAGGUGUGGUAAUACUCAGAAUUUAUCUGAAGGUAGCAAUUGCAAGUGGUGCAGCUUGGCUUUAGACAUUGAAGACUGGGUUUACUCUCAGCUUGAAGACAACACUCACCUCCUUCAUGGUGUUAUCCACUCAAAUGGCUAUGCUCAUCUCUUGUCUCUUAAUGGAAGAGAAGGUGGCUCUGGUUUUUUGACUGGUCGUGCCAUUAUGGACUUCUGGGACAGGCUCUGUUCCUCCCUUGCUGUUCGGAAGGCUAGCGUGAUGGAUGUGUCAAGGAAGUAUGGGAUGGAUUACCGGUUGCUUCAUGGGAUCACUAGAGGGUGUUCGUGGUACAGUGAGUGGGGUUAUGAAUUCAAAUCUGGGAGCUAUGCACUAACAAGAGAAGCUUACCAGAGUGCAGUGGAUACCUUAUCUGGGAUACCUCUCUCUGAGUUUUUGUUCCAAGGGAGGAAACCAAGAACUCAGCUCCACUCCAUUAUUGGCUUCUACCAAUCACUCUCGUGUUCAGAGCUUGUGACUGUGAAAGACCUUUUCUCAUUUCUGCUACAGCUGAUUCGUGAGAACCGAUCAAAACCUACAUCUAAGUCGUCUGUACUGUGUGCUUGGUCUAAGAGUGAUGUGGAACGUGUACAGCAAGCCAUGGUUAAGAUACUGAAAGCUGCAGGACGUCCACGAGCCAACUGGGUUACAAGGUGGGCUCUCAAGAGGUCUAUUUGCAAAACAGCCUCUCCACAACUGAUUGAUUACUGUCUCAAGCAUUUUGGAGGGGUUUUGGUGGAUGAUGGAUCUCUAGUAGUCUGCUCCCGUUGCAAUCCUGGUUCAAACGACUUUGAGUACAGGCUUGAAUCUGUUGACAAUGUGCACCGCUUAUCUAAUCAAGACGUAAAUAAUGCAUCAGUGGAGCAUGUCAAACGGGACUUAAUAUAUUUGUAUGAAACUUUAUUGCACCCACAAACCAUGGCCGAGUUUAGGUAUCAGGCUACAAGAGAUAAAAUGAUUGAUGCAGCCACAAAAAUACUGGACUGUAAGCAUUUUAUAAAAGAUUACCUGUCUAGCACAGCGAACCCCUUCGCAAUCAGCCUCUGGUGCCAUGUAGAGCUUUCGGAUGAGUCGAAAGAAUGCCCAGCCCCUCCACCUGAACUGUUGGUUUUGCCAUUGAACGCUACUGUUUCUGACCUGAAAAUCGAAGCUGCUAAGGCUUUUCAGGAAGUGUAUGCAAUGUUCAAGAGGUUUGAAGUUGAGGAGCUCCUAGGUUACGGUUCUAUAGAUGACUUUAUUACCCUGAAAUUUCUAGUUGGCACAAAUGGGGUCAUACGGAUUAAAGGGAGAUGCUCAAAACACGGGCUCCUUCGAUACCGCAUGGAGAGAGGGGUGGAUAAUUGGAAAGUUGAUUGCAAGUGUGGCACAAAGGAUGAUGAUGGUGAGAGGAUGUUGGCCUGUGAUGGGUGUGGUGUGUGGCACCACACUAGAUGUGCUGGGAUCAAUAACUCCGAUGCCCUACCUUCCAAGUUCCAUUGUUUCAGAUGCAUUGAAUUGUACAGCAAGAGACCAAAGCAAUCUGAUAACGAGCGUGGAUCUAGUCAAGUGCCCAAAGCUGGCUUUGUUUGUAGAGGUGAGUCAGCUGCAAUGGGCAGUGGAUCUAAUUUAUCCGUAACACUUAGUGUAGGCUGACUGUAUUUAUGAUCUUUCUGUAUAUAGGUUCUUAUCUAGGCACAAAACUGCAAGUGGCUUAAGAUUCCUACCCGUGAUUGUAACACAUGACCACUUCAAGAUUUCAAUCCUAAGCUUAAAGUGUUAUGUUAACAUGGGAUUAAAGCAUUUAUGAAAGC